GUAAAGUGAAAACAAAAGUAGCUGGAGUUAGGUCAUUUGAUUUUACACUCUGUACUCAAAACUGCUCCUCUCUGUCGACUGCAACAGAUUGGAGCCAUGGCUUUGGAACAGAACCAGUCAACAGAUUAUUAUUAUGAGGAAAAUGAAACGAAUGGCACUUAUGACUACACUCAAUAUGAAUUGAUCUGUAUCAAAGAAGACGUCAGAGAAUUUGCAAAAGUUUUCCUCCCUGUGUUCCUCACAAUAGCUUUUGUCAUUGGACUUGCAGGCAAUUCCACGGUAGUGGCAAUUUAUGCCUAUUACAAGAAACAGAGAACCAAAACAGAUGUGUACAUCCUGAAUUUGGCUGUGGCAGAUUUACUCCUUCUAUUCACUUUGCCUUUUUGGGCUGUUAAUGCAGUUCAUGGGUGGGUUUUAGGGAAAACAAUGUGCAAAAUAACUUCAGCCUUGUACACACUAAACUUUGUCUCUGGAAUGCAGUUUCUGGCUUGUAUCAGCAUAGACAGAUAUGUGGCAGUAACUAAAGGCCCCAGCCAAUCAGCAGUGGGAAAACCAUGCUGGGUCAUCUGUUCCUGUGUCUGGAUGGCUGCCAUCUUGCUGAGCAUACCCCAGCUGGUUUUUUAUACAGUAAAUGACAAUGCUAGGUGCAUUCCCAUUUUUCCCCACUACCUAGGAACAUCAAUGAAAGCAUCGAUUCAAAUGCUAGAAAUCUGCAUUGGAUUUGUAGUACCCUUUCUUAUUAUGGGGGUGUGCUACUUUAUCACCGCAAGGACACUCAUGAAGAUGCCAAACAUUAAAAUAUCUCGACCCCUAAAAGUUCUGCUCACAGUGGUUCUAGUUUUCAUUGUCACUCAGCUGCCUUAUAACAUUGUCAAGUUCUGCCGAGCCAUAGACAUCAUCUACUCCCUGAUCACCAACUGCAACAUGAGCAAACGCAUGGACAUUGCCAUCCAAAUCACAGAAAGCGUCGCACUCUUUCACAGCUGCCUCAACCCAAUCCUUUAUGUUUUUAUGGGAGCAUCUUUCAAAAACUACAUUAUGAAAGUGGCCAAGAAAUAUGGGUCCUGGAGAAGACAGAGACAAAGUGUGGAGGAGUUUCGUUUUGAUUCUGAGGGUCCUACAGAGCCAACCAGUACUUUUAGCAUUUAAAGAUAAAACUGCUCUGCCUUUUGCUUGGAUACAUAUGAAUGAUGCUUCCCCCUCAAAUAAAACAUUUGCACUAUUCUGAAACUCAAAUCUCAAAUGCUGUGGUUGCAACUUACAAUAAAGAAUGGGUUGGGGAAAGGGGGAGAAAUAAAAGCCAAGAAGAGGAAACAAGAUAAUAAAUCUACAAAACAUGAUAAUUAAAAUGAAAAAUAUAGGAAAAUAAUAGUAACAGGCAUAAAUGAAUAAGAACACUCUGCUAUAAAGAAGAGGAGCUUUGAGGUGAUAAUUUUGUGUCUUGGUUGCAGUGGUGGUUAUACAAAUCUACACAAGUGAUAAAAUGACACAGAACUGUAUAUACACAUUAUACCAAUUUCAAUUUCCUGGUUUUGACAUUAUAGUAUAAUUAUGUAAGAUGCAACCAUUGGGGGAAACUGGGUGAAGGGUAUCCAGGGCCACUCUGUACCAUCUUUGUAACUUCCUGUGAAUUUAUAAUAAUUUCAAAAUAAAAGUUAAAAAAACAAACCUACUAUGCUAUAAGUUAGGCCAUCUAAGAUUAUUAAAGAGGUUCAUGUUAAAAGGCAUUCAUAAAUAUUUUUAAUUAUCUGAGUUUUAAUACAAGAACAAUUUCCCUGCAUAAUUUUAGUACUUGAAUAAGUAUGCAGCAGAACUCUAUCUUUUUUCCUGUUUUUUUUUUUUUCAGUUUGUAAGUAAUUUUAUAAAACCCACCUCCUCCAAAAAAGCAAUAAAAAAAAA